UCCAAUAAAUCACAAGAUAUUUCUGUUCCUUAAGGGGAACUAGCGGUAUAUUAGCACAAUGCUACAUUAUACAGAUUUACUGUGUGUGAUGACUGAUUGUUGUCUAGUUUUCCUCUUUUUUAUUAAGACACACAUCAGCUGUGUUUUAACCAGAGUAACAGUUACUUUCACAUUUUCACAUUAAACAAUUCACAUUUAUAAUCAUGCAUUAAAUCUUCACUCUGUUAUUCACUUCCACAGGGCCUGUUCAGUCCUCAUGCAAAAGACUUUUGGGUUUUUCAGAGUGACACAAAAUGGACAGACGAUGAGAGAAUAGAAAUGGAGAACUCUGCUUUACGUUUUGAAUAUAACAUAGAUGACAAACAAAUCUUUACUGAAUAUAAAAAGAAGAUCAAAAAACUGGAAGAAAUUGAAAAGGAGCUAAAAAACACUAAGCUGGAACUGGACAGCACGUCUAAAUCACUGCAGCAUAAAGACCAACAGCUGGAGGAUUAUAAAAGACAAAUAGAGAAUAAAGAUACAGAACUAAGAAACAGAGAGAAAAUCAUUGAGGAGAAAGACGCACAACUCAAAGAUACAAAUACAACACUAGUGAAGACGAGUAAAGAGCUAGAGGAGAGAGACAGAGCUCUACAUGAGAGAGAUCAACAACUGAAACUGAAAGACACACAGAUACAGGAGACACAAAUACAAGUGGAGGAAAAGGACAACAGACUAGAGGAGAAUCAGACACAGCUGAAAGACAAAGAGAGACAACUGGAGAGUGUAAUGAAUGAACUGGAAACCAGUAAAAACAAACUAAAUGAACAAGACAAACAGCUUCAGGAGAAAGACAGACUUCUAGAGGAGAAAACAAAGCAGCUGCAGGAACAGACAGAUCCAGAAUCAUCAGCCCUCAUCAGGAGAAGAAACAGCAAGGAAGAGUUACCUCCAAAUAUGGGUGCAGAAUCGUCUAGUCCAUAUUUCCCAGUGCCGGUUCGUGUAGCAGAACUGAGGCUGGUGCUGCUGGGGAGGACGGGGUCUGGGAAGAGUGCAGCAGGAAACAUUAUCCUGAGCAGAGAGGAGAGGAACCAGGCUGCUACAUCUACAGCUACAUCUACAUCCACCCAGCAGAGUGAGAGCACACAGGGGGAGGUGGCUGGAAGGAAGGUGACUGUGGUGGACACUCCUGACUGGUUCUCUCCUGGACUUUCUCUGGAGAAACUGAGACAUGACGUGGGACUCUGUGUCCAUUUGUCUGCUCCAGGACCCCACGCCUUCCUCCUGGUCAUACCUGUAAAGCAGCCUACAGGGGAGGAGAGAGGGAUGCUGGAGAAAAUGGAGGAUAUUUUUGGAGAGAGAUGUUGGAGAAACACCAUGAUCAUAUUCAGUGUCACUGAUGAACUUCAGAAGAGGAACAUUGAGGAGUUUAUUCAAUCAGGAGACCAGGAGGUCCAGAGACUGGUGGAGAAAUGUGGGAACAGGUUUCACUGUCUCAACAUUAAGCAGAGUGGCGAUGGUUCUCAGGUCUCAGAGCUGCUGGAGAAGAUAGAGAAAAUGAUGGAAGGAAGCAAAGAGAAAUUCUACAGCAGUGAGAUCUACCUGGAGACAGAAGCUCAGAUUAGAGCGUUGGAGACUAAGAUCCUGAGGGAAAGAGAAGAGAAAAGGAUGAGAGAGGAGAUUGAAGUGAAGGAAAAAAUAGAUAAGGAGGUGCAGGACUCUCUGAGAAAAAUGGAAGGAAUAAUCCUGGAGCAUGAAGGAGACAUCAGACAACUAAAUGACCGAACAACUGAACUGGAGAGAAAGAUGAAAGAAGAGAGAGAUGAAGAAAAAAAGAGAGAACUUGAGAGGGAGUUAAAACGAGAGGUAGAGCGAAGGACAGAAAUGGAAGAAAAGGUGAAAAAACUAAAAGAAAAGAGAGAGAGGGAGAGGAGAGAGAUGGAGGAGAGACACCAACAGGAGAUGGAUGAGAUCAGGGAGGUGUAUGAGGGAGAGGUCAGGAUGGACCUCAUGAAGAUCAUCAUGCCUGAACUUCAAAAAAACAUUUUGGCCUCUAAAACAAAGAUGCAGGAAGAGUUCAGCAGACAGAUGGAGGAGAAGAACAGAGAGCUGGAGACUCUUAAACAGAAACUUUCAGACCUCACAGAGACUCACAGUCUGUGUAAAGAGGUUUAUGGGAAAGCUGUGAGCAGCUCAGAGUCAGAGAGAGCAGCUGUAACAGGAGAAGUGUCGAAGGGAAUCUUUCAGACAUUGACUGACUAUUUUGUCACUGGAUAACAGAGUUUGUAAAGCCACAGACACUCAAACAGUCUGAAAUAAAGACAGGACUGAACUGGGACAAAAAAAAUAAUCAUCCCUGGCCUUUUUGCUCCAGGCAGCUCAACACUACAAUGGAAGUAUUGGUCUAGACAGACACCACCCAUGUACAGUACAUGUCAGAAAAUUUGGAUAAUAAGAAGGAAUCUAAUAAGAAGAUCCCUGUGCCCUGAGAACAGACCCCUCACUGUGCUUUCUGAUGUCUUAUGUGGUAACACCUUCUAUAUCCUGUACCCAGACGAAUAUACAUCCACAUGGCUCUUGUCUGCUAGAACCCUUUUGUUUAAUCAGGAGAAUGUAAAUGUAUUUCCUCUCUCUCAUAAGAAAUAAUAUUAUGCCUCAAUGUGUUCGAUGCCUUAUAUACAAUAGAAUUUUGACAAAAUAAUAUUUGAAUAAAGAAGCACAUUAUAUCUAUUUAUAUUUACAGUUCAUGUUGUCGUACAUCCUCAAAACACUAGUUGCUUCUAUAAUUAGUAUUAUAACAUCUAGGAGCACAAUCACCAGACUGUUAGGUCAUGGGCGGUUAUACAACCAUUUCACUGCAUAUCAUACUGUGUAUGACUUUAUAAAUGUACGUAAUAAAUAAAAUUUGUACUAAAUUUGAAUUCAAACGAAGAAUAAAGUGUCAGAGAACCUACUGAUUCUUACUGUAAGUGCAGAUGAGUUGAUGGUUUUACAGAUGUUUUCUGUCCAUUAUUUGUUUGUUUGUUUUCCUGUUUUGUGUUGGAAUGUUUUCAUUAAAAACUUAAAAAACAUAUUGUGGUAAGAUGCUCUGAGCAAAUCCAUAUUUUACAUAAUUUGAAAGUAUUUUGCAUUCCUAAUCAACACUGUCACGUUGUAGCCAUAUAUGACUUUCAUGUGCUGUGAUCUCAAUAAAAUAGAUAUUUUGUUUA